AUGCUCAGGCCGGGCUCCUGGGGAGCCAAGGCGCGCAGCACGCGGUUUCACAGACCUCACGGGGGGGACCAGUCCCCGCCCCCGGCCCCGGCCCCGACACGCUCCGCCCCUGACCCGGCCCCGCCCCCAGCGGCUUCCGGCAGAAGCGCCCCCCAGUGGCGGCGGUCGGCCUCGCACUUCCGGCAGGAGGAUCCGGGCCUGCAGCGCCGGCUGGGCGAGGUGAGUGGGCGCGCGGCGGGCCUUCCGCGCGCUCCCGGGGUUGGAGGGAGACCCGGGCGGGGCUGCGAGCGGGGUCCAGGCUCGGCGCCGCGCGCCGCGGCCGCGGGUCCCGCCGGGGCCCUCCUCCUCUCGGGCCUCGGUAUCGCGGUCGUGGAGGGGCCCGGGCUCCGCGCUCGCUCCCCGCUGCGUGACCCAGGCGGGCAUCACGCAGACCGGGCCCUGCACUUGGAGAGGCCGCAUCCCGCCGUGGGGUGGGAGUCGGGGGUGGGUGGUAAACACGUGGACAAACAAGGAAACGUCAGGUAG